AUGUACCAGAUUCAACCCAUUUUCAUCACACUGCUCGAUACAAUGUUGAUUACUCUAGAAUGCGUUAUACUUGCGUUGCAGGCGGUUGCUGCAGUUCGACUUGCAUUAGAAUCACCUUUUGGAAUUGACAGUCAAUCAAGCAAUAGGCUAUCGAAACGAUCACCCGUUGAAUUGGAUGGUGAUAUCACAAAAUGCUACACAAUUAAAGUCAAUGUUAAUGGAGUUGAUUUGAAUUUACAAGUCGAUUCAGCAAUGUCUGAUAUAGUCGUACCACUUCCUAGUUCAAGCAACGAUAUAGGUUUGACUCCGCAACACACUCCAAAUGGGGAACCCGUUACUAUAUAUUACAAAGGCGAUGAGUAUAAUGGGUUUAGUUCCAAUGCAGCUGUGACGAUUCCAGUGUCAGUACCAGUAGCAGUACAAACAGCAUGA